AUGCUGGGCUGCCGCAGCAACAUUGAGCUCCUUUCUUUGGAUAAAUUGUCAUCAAGACGACGUCGGGUAAAGAGACUGGAAGGUGACGCACCAUGUCGGCGAAAAACAUUCCAGGCGACAAGCCAACAAGAAUGUCUGGAUGAGAUGAUAUCUGUGUUUGGUCAAGAAGCGCUAUCCUUGAGGACUAUAGAACGCUGGUAUCUACAAUUCAAACGAGGUGCAUUCGGACUGGACGAUGAUCCUCGUCCAGGUAGACCCAUCGAAGUGACAUUGCCAAAACCAAAAGCAAUACGAGAAGACAGGCAUAUAACGUACCGGCAAAUAGAGGAGCUUUUGAACAUUCCUAUAGCUACGUUACACGAAUUUGUGACUGAACAUUUACAUGUAAAAAAGGAUAUUGUUUCGAUUGUGACCGGCGACGGAACUAGGAUAUAUUAUUACGACGUACCUACUAAAUUACAAAGCAAGAUAUGGGUGUUUGAUGAUGAGGAGCAACCAACUCAACCUCGAAGACCAAAAUUUAGCAAGGUCAAGGAAUUCGCAACGGAA